AUGUCGACGAAUGAAGAGUUUAUUAGAACUCAAAUAUUCGGUACAGUUUUUGAAAUUACAAACAGAUAUGUAGAUCUAAACCCUGUUGGUAUGGGUGCCUUUGGAUUGGUUUGUUCAGCUACAGAUACUUUGACUACUCAACCAGUAGCCAUUAAAAAGAUUAUGAAACCUUUCUCAACUGCUGUUUUGGCAAAAAGAACCUACAGAGAAUUAAAAUUAUUGAAACAUUUAAGACAUGAAAAUUUAAUUUGUUUACAAGAUAUCUUUCUAUCUCCAUUAGAAGACAUUUAUUUCGUAACAGAGUUACAAGGAACAGAUUUACACAGAUUAUUACAAACAAGACCCCUUGAGAAACAAUUCGUUCAAUACUUCUUAUAUCAAAUCUUAAGAGGUUUAAAAUAUGUUCAUUCAGCAGGUGUUAUUCAUAGAGAUUUAAAACCAAGUAAUAUAUUGAUUAAUGAAAACUGUGACUUAAAAAUUUGUGAUUUUGGUUUAGCAAGAAUUCAAGAUCCACAAAUGACAGGUUACGUUUCAACAAGAUAUUACAGAGCUCCAGAAAUUAUGUUAACGUGGCAAAAAUACGAUGUUGAAGUUGAUAUUUGGUCUGCAGGUUGUAUUUUCGCCGAAAUGAUAGAAGGAAAACCAUUGUUCCCAGGUAAAGAUCACGUUCAUCAAUUCUCAAUCAUCACUGACUUAUUAGGUUCGCCACCAAAUGAUGUUAUUGAUACAAUUUGUUCGGAAAAUACCUUAAAGUUUGUCACUUCAUUGCCUCACAGAGACCCUGUUCCAUUCUCUGAGAGAUUUAAAACCGUAGAACCAGAUGCAGUAGAUCUAUUAGAAAAAAUGCUAGUAUUCGAUCCAAAAAAGAGAUUAACUGCUGCCAAUGCUUUAGCUCACUCAUAUCUGGCUCCUUACCAUGAUCCAACAGAUGAACCAGUUGCCGAAGCAAAAUUUGAUUGGAAUUUCAAUGAUGCAGAUUUGCCUGUGGAUACAUGGAGAGUCAUGAUGUACUCAGAAAUUUUAGACUUCCACAAAAUAGAUGGUACAGAUGGUCAAAUCGAUACAUCUGCUACUUUCGAUGACCAAGUAGCAGCAGCCACAGCAGCAGCAGCCCAGGCUCAGGCCCAAGCACAGAUCCAAGCACAAAUUCAAGCUCAAGCUCAUUCACAAGCGCAAGAUAUAUCAAAUGCACAUGCUACUGAUCAGGGCAAAAACAUUCCAAAUGAUCAAGCUGUAAAUGCCGUUAAUGAAACCAUCUCAAAUUAUGCAGAUCAAGCUAUUCAAUACGCCAAUGAAUUUCAACAAUAA